AUGAGUGUUACGUAUGAGCAGACGCUCAACCUUCUCAACAAGGAAAUCAAGAAAGACAACAAAGCUAUAAGAAAUCGAAUUCAAAGUAUCUUACUCGACAACAGGUUUCUCGAAGAACAUGUUUUGACGGUUUUUCCCGACUUCCCGGUGAUACCCAAUGAAAGAUGUGGUCUAUGGUACUGCAGGCCAGGCUCUUUCAACCAAACAAGCUAUUUCAAGUCUACUGAUGGUCACACAAAUCAAUGGGACUUUAGUGUGCGACGUCUGAAUCUGCAUUUGCUGCCAACUUUGGCGAGAAAGAAAGGAAUAAUAAUUGUGGAUAGUACCCGACGUGGGAAAAAACUGCCUGAUGCUCUCAGCAAGACGGUUCCAAUUUGGUGUGCCGUUCUCAAUACCUUGAUGUUAGAGCAUCUGAACAGAAAAGAUGAAGAAGUACUGUUUUGUCCUCCAGGCACAGUUUCUAGACAAGAAUAUGCGCAAAUCCAGGCAAAACUUCCAAGUCUGGUAGCUAAACUCAAAGAAAUCAACGCCAUUUCAGGUGCAGAUCUUGCAGAAAUGUUGGGUGGAAACAUUCUUCGACCACUUUGGGUGCAUCCCGGUUCAUCGUUGUUGCACUCUCAAAGCGAUCCAUUCACGGGGGAGAUCACAAACGCGAAAUGGGAAAGUUCUAAAGAAGAGGCAAUGAUUCCUGUAGUACUGUGUGCGGUCAGCUAUCAGUGCCAGGACGGCGUUGACAACAGAUAUGGCUUCACGUACGUACAAGGCGCUGCUGACGACCACGAAUUGUGGUCAAAUGAGCUUGACGCCGAAUUUCUUUGGGAUAAUAUUGCCACACUGGGAAACUUGGAGCUUAGCGAUCAAGACCUUCGAGCUUUUAUUUCUGCCCAAGCUGAACUCCGAAAGAGAGAUGCUAGCGCAAGCAACACGCUCCACAAAUUGACCAAGAGUGAUAAAUUGACCUCGGAGUUGCAUUUGGGACAGAUAGUGGAGCCAUUGAGACUGACAAAAGAUCUCCAGGAUCAACUACUUGCCACUUAUUCUUUUGUGCUAGUUCUUAGCGAACAAGUUGAAUUCGAAGGAGACCCAACGAACCCCGAAACAAGCGCAAAUUCUGCUAUAAGCAUUGUUAAGCUUUCUAGCGGCUCCAAGAAAAGCUCUAAAAAUCUGCGGUCUUUCUUGACUGAUAUUUGCCCUCUUGUCGAGUCACAUCUCAACAACGCUCUUCCUAUUCUGAUAUGCUGUGGUGAUGGUAAAGAUAUGUCAGUCAGUGUAUUACUCUGUCUACUAUCUCGCAAUUACAAUCUAGACACCUGGAAGCUUGAUCAACAGCCCCGUAGCGUAGACAAGACACUUAUCAAGAAGCAUUUGUUCAAGAUGAUAAGCACAUUGGAAGGAAGGAACAUAAAUCCACCGCGAGCCUCUUUAAAUAGCGUUAAUGCCUAUUUGAUGUCAUGA